AAAUUAUGUAAAGAUCAAUUGGUUAUAUAAAGAAUCGAACCAAAGAAUUUCAAUUGAAAAAAUAGAAAUAUAAAUCACCAGAUCUAAAUAGCAGUAGAAGAAUAUACUAAUUACCUCCAUAAUGGGUUGAUAAAAUGGAAGAAACUAGAGAUACUAUAUAGAAAGUUGGAUUUUUAAAUUAAGAAAUUGAAAAAUUGAAAAAUUCAAAAGAAGUUGGACCAAAAGCUUAAUUUAACGAAUAAAUUAUAUAAGGAAAACUUGAUUAAGCAUUACAGGUUAAAAUCUGAGU